AUGCUCGCGGCGAAGCUUAGUCGCUACGUCGCGGCUGGAUGCCUGGUCAUCGAGUCGGAAAGCCGACAUACUGACGGAAUCUGGGCAUCGGUAGAGCCAGGGCAGUGGCUUCACUUCGGCCCAUUCGAGCAUGUGUCUGCGCAGGAUAGAAGGAUCAACAGCCAGACUGACCAUGGCCCACUGACGAAUCCCGUCAAAGCCGCCUUCCAGUCUGGCUUUUUGGAGCAAGAGGUCCAAGAUUUCCUCAUCUAUUCCUCCGGAUGCCUCGCAUCAUAUGCAGACCUUUUGCGCAAGGGCUGGGUCCACAUGAGUCUCAGUGUGAGUCUCGAUAAUUUUGGAUAUCCCAUCGUUCGAGUCUACCUCCUCCCUGAUGACGUCGACAACCGCACCAUUUCCCGUUCGGAUGCCUCUUUGCGAAAGACGAGACUGGCUCUCCUCGGGCAGCUGGACUUCUCGAGAGAUACCUGGCAAGGUCGCCCGAGAAGUGAUCGGUCUCCGAGGCCGUGCCUUUUUCACAGCCCGGAGACAACAGCCGACUCACCAGAUACCGAGGGCCAAUCCCUGCUUCAGAUGUUCAACACCAUUCCCUCGCCAGACCCAAAUCCCGACGACAUCCACGACUUCGAUGCUCGCGAUGCAGCCUACAGGCUAAUGAGCAGCGACAUACCCGGCCUUAUCACCAAAUUGUACAUUUAUCAGCGCCGGUCCGCCGCAUUGAUGCUCCACCGGGAGACCCAAGGGCAGCAAGUUUUGGAUCCGCGUCUUGUGAAAGUAGCAGAUCCACUUGGGAGGCCGUGGUAUUACGAUGCAGUUACCGGCACCUGCCUCCGAGAACCGAGAUACUACGACGCGCCUUGCGGCGGAAUUCUUGCUGAAGAGAUGGGCGCUGGCAAGACGCUCAUAUGUUUAGCCCUCAUUCUGGCCACCAGACAUAUCCCUUCCGCUGGCCCGGAUCAUUUACGGACAAAUGAGCCAGCAAUUCGCCGUCGAAUUGGAAGCCUUGCGGAUAUGGCUGCAGCGUGCAUCACUCGCAACUCGGUGCCUUGGAGGUCGGUGUUUGGCGCUCUUGAACCUGGUAGCAUAGAGUACCCUCUGUGUGUCGCUGCCAUCCAUCGCAACCCUGGCGUUUACAGCGUGCCCCCUCCGCCACGUCGUCGGGAAACGCCAGGCCGGCAGUCAACUGUUUCGCCCGCGCCGACACAUAUCUUUCUCAGCCAUUGUUCUCUUGUCAUCGUGCCUCCAAACCUCGUACAACAAUGGAAGCAGGAGAUCGCCAAGCACACCGUCGGUCUGAGGGUCUUCGCCGUUGACAAGAAACAGGAUUUACCGCCAGCCACGGAACUUGCGGACUACGACAUCAUCUUGUUCUCGUCCACGCGCUUUGACAAGAUGUGGGAGGACUUGGCUGUCGACCGGAAUGGCGCCCAGGUCCUCCGGAACUCUCUAGCACAGAUCCACUUCAAGCGCUGCAUUGUUGAUGAAGGGCACAAGCUAGGCCAUGCUACGGCUAGUAGAAAGAGCAACAUGCAUCACAUCAUUGACCAUCUUCAUAUCUCCGCGAGGUGGAUAGUCACUGGGACUCCGUCCAAGGGCCUCUAUGGAGUUGAUGACACUCCAAGUCCACACCUCAACAGCGGGCAACGUCAACCCAACAAGCGCCAGGCGAAAACUUCGGCUGAUCUUGAGAAGGAGGAUUUGAAACGUAUCGGCUCGAUUGCGAUGUUGUACCUGCAGAUGCGACCAUGGGCUAACCAGUGGACUGAAGCUGGAGAUUCUCCGGCGGACUGGAACGUCUAUGUGAUGCAGCCCCAGCACUCGUCCCGCAGCACCGGCCGGGAAGAUUGUCUCAAGAAAACGCUCGAGUCUCUGAUCAUUCGGCACCGUCUAUCCGAGGUCGGAGAUCUCUUGCCGACCGUCGACGAGAAGAUUGUCUACCUUGACGGUUCCUUUCAGGAUCGCCUUGUCCUCAAUCUUUUCUCCAUGAUGAUUAUCUUCAACGCCGUCCAGUCGCAGCGGGCAGACCAGGAUUACUUUUUCCAUCCCCGACAGAGAAAAGCGCUUCUUGAACUUGUAUCCAACCUCCGACAAGCCAGUUUUUUCGGCGGUUCGUUCUUCUCGCCCCCGCAGAUCCUCAAAGCCAUCGAAACUGCUGAGGAUUUCUCGAAAGAAGGCAGAGUGCCAAUAAGUCCCGCAGACGAGGCUCUGUUGCGAGAUGCAGUGGAAUUCGGCCGACUCGCUGCAAAAAACGACAUUAAGCGAUGUGCCAACUUGUUCCGCGAAGUCCCUCUCUACGUCAGAAACUUCCCCUGGAACGCGGGCCGCGAAUGGUCCCUCGAUCUGAAGGACGGUGACCCAAUGUGCACAGACUCGCGCAUGAUCUCUGCGCUGCAGAAAUUCCUUCACCCCAUGGUCGAUGCUCCCGUUUCGCUGCAGAUGACAUUUGAGAGCGGUCGGUUUGCGGAGCGCGGCCGCGAAGAACGGUCAAAAGAGAUUGAGGACCAAGACCCGGAAGCCGAGGAAAAGAACCAGCCGAAGCCCCUUGCUGGAAACACCCAGUUGGGCCAGGAUAACAGCAGUCCCAGCAGACGGCGCUCUGCCAUCAUGGGCAAAGGCUCACUGAAGACGGAUGAUAUGCCUGCGGUUGGGGAAGACCAUGGUAUCGCCGCACCCCUCGCCCAGGCCCAGCUCAUCUCGACAGCCUCCGCAAAGCUCUCCUACUUGGUCGACCAGAUUGUGAAGUAUCAAGAGUCGGAGCAGAUCAUCAUCUUCUACGAGAACGAUAAUGUGGCAUACUACCUUGCCGGCGUUCUUGAAAUACUUCAGAUCCAGCACCUCAUCUACGCCAAAGGCCUGACCCCAGAGCGAAGAGCGCAGUACGUCGCGACCUUCAACCACAACCCCAAGUUCCGGGUCCUCCUCAUGGACAUCACACAAGCCGCCUUCGGGUUGGACAUGCAGUCGGCCUCGCGGAUCUACUUCAUCAACCCGGUCCUCAACCCGCAGGUCGAGGCGCAGGCCAUCGGCCGCGCCCGCCGCAUCAGCCAGAAGAAACCCGUUUCGGUUGAGACGCUCGUGCUGCGCGGGUCCGUCGAGGAGGUCAUUGUGCGGCGCCGCGCAGAGAUGACGCAGGCCGAGCAGUGGAAGUGCCGGUCGAUAUUGGACGACAAGUCCAUCUAUGAGUGGAUUCUCAAUGCGCGGAUCUUACCGAUGCCCGAUGGCCAUGGGGAUGGGGAUGAUGGUGGGCCGGGGCAGAUGGCGCUACUGGAGACGCCGCUGUUUCUCUUUGGGCGCGGGUUCGGGAGGGAGCUGGCGCAUCCGGAUCAGGACCUGGUGGGCGUGAAUGAGUCGCCUGUGAGGAAGAAACCGAAGGUGGAUGGCGGUGAGAUCAGGGUGGUUGUUCCGGAGAGCGCCCGGAAGAGGACUUCUCCUCAUUCUUGGUCGGGUACUCCAGUCCGGUCCGCCGUGGGUACGCCAGUCCCUGAUGAAGGUGGUGUUGGCGACGGUGGUGUUGCUGCUCCGAAGAAGAGAGCGCGUGUACGGUUUGCUGAGGCGGAUGAAAGUUAA